AUGGAAGAAGGCACCAAAAUCAUAGGUUACUGGAUUUUAGAAAAGAAACGUCAAAAACUCAAUUGGGAUGAAUUUAUACGUAUAUGUCAUCAAGAAGGUUUCAUUUUAAAAGAAAUUGAUUUAAAUAAGAAUUUAGAAGCUCAAGGACCAUUUGAUGUCUUCCUACACAAACUUACAGAUAUAUUAGCUUUUGCUGAAAGUGGUGAUCAAAGUUCUAGGACAAUUAUUUCUAAUGUUCAAAAGUACAUUUCUGAUCAUCCAGAAAUGAUAGUAAUAGAUCCUUUGGAGAAUAUAAAAAAUCUAAGUAAUCGACAGAAGUUGAACGAAAUGCUGCAUAAGAAUAUAGAGUCCAUUGAUGUAUUUACUCCAAAAUCAAUUGAACUUAAAUUUUCUAGCAUUACUGAAAAUUUAAAUCACUUAAAAAAAGCAGGAAUAAAAUUUCCAUGUAUUUGUAAACCACUUUUAGCUCAUGGUUCUAGUGAUGCUCAUAAGAUGAUGAUAAUAUUCAACGAAAAAGGCUUGAAAGACUGCCAGCUACCAUGUGUGGCACAAGAUUUUAUUAAUCAUAAUGCCAUUUUGUAUAAAGUUUUUAUUGUGGGAAAUUACUUCCACGUCGUUGAAAGACCAAGUCUGAAGAAUUUUUAUCCAAAAGAUUGCGAAUCAUCGGAAACUUUAUUUUUUAGUUCACAUGAUAUUUCAAAAAGUGGAUCAAAGUCUCAAUGGUCUAUAAUAUCGAAAGAAGAUGAAGGAUUAAGUGUUAAGCCAAAUCAAGAAAUUUUUAAAAGACUUGUAAAAAAAAUAAUUAAAGUUUUCGGUCUUAUUCUUGUAGGAUUUGAUGUCGUUAUUGAAAAUCACACUAAAAGAUAUGGUAUUAUUGAUGUCAAUGUUUUUCCAGGAUAUGAUGGUUAUCCACAUUUUUUCACUCAUUUAAUUGAUGUUAUAAAAAUAUUAAUUUCCAAACGAAAUCGUAAAAAAAAUAAUCAUACCUAUUUUUUGUUUGAAAAAUGUACACAUGAGUUGGAAACAAAAUUUACAAGUGAUGAAUUACAAAAAAAUGUACAAAAUAAUAUUGAUUAA